UAUCUGUUAUUUGCAGCUGGCAUCUAACGCUCCUCAACAUGGCUUGCCUGCAGCCAAAGAUUGAUCCCAUCACAGGAGAGAUGAUUUUAUAUCACAUCUCACUCGUCAAACCUUUUCUCCGAGUCAGCGUGAUUCCAAUUCCUGACUCGAAGCAGCAAGGCCGCUUUGACGACACCUAUGCUAGGAGCCAUUAUACCCGGGCUCUCAAAGCUAAAGAUCAUGUGCGACUUAGGGUGCAGCUCUUCGGGUACUAUCAUUAUCGACCAUCCGCUCAGCCUUGACCCCAUCAAUCUUCUCUUGUGCAAGAACAUUCUCGACUACGAUCCGUCUCGCGCUGCUCGCUUUGGCAGAUUUCCGCGGCAUGGGCCAAUCAAUGUUGCUUGGGUUGAGAUCGAUGAUAGCUUCGUCGUCUCUUACACGGCGAACGCUUGGGACGAUGCUGCGGGCCAGGGUAACCGACUGAAUCUGCUCGCAUGCAGAAUGAACAGCGCAACGCUCAUUUACACGGCCGGGAAUAUGCAAUCUCCAGCCAAUGCGUUGCCAAAGGGCAAAAGUGAGGCUGAAAAGUGUCACUUGUACUACUGGUGCUUUGAAGAUGAGGGGAAAUUGGCGACCGAAUUCACUCACUCCAAUGUGCCCAUCGAGGUUCCUUCUCUCAACCCUUCAUCGAUCAUGAACGUCGCAGCGUUCAUCUAAGGCACUUCGACGCGUCAUGGCAGUUUCGAUGCAAGUCUCAAAGCUUGCUGCCAAGGUCGACUGCAUCGUCAAGAUGAAUGUCAAGAGGUUGGUUGCCAGAGGUCGCAAGGCAUGCGUGGCAGGUACGUUAGCACACACAGAGUGUGGCGAUAAGCGCACGGCCGAGCAAAUUUCGCAAGAGUAAGACACUUCAAGC